ACCAAGUAUGGCCACCAGAGGGCGCAGCUGGACCUGACCUGCCCCUUCCACGCCUUGGUGACAGGGCCCACCACACCCUCCUGGAUCCAGAAGAGGGGGCUGGCCUGGAGUAGCCAGGACCUCCCCCAGCCCUCAGGAGUGGCCUCUACUCCACUCCCCCUCCUGUCUGCUGGGUCAUUCAGUCCCCACCCCGGUGACAUCCUCCUCACACUCCCUGGGUGAGGUUGAGUGGGGGAAUCUGGGGAGGGGGUUGGCUGGGAGUGGCCAGGGCGGCUCCAGUCCUUGGUGGCCCCACCCCCUCCCAAAAGUCCCUUCCCCAGGGCCGCUUUUCCUAUGGCCUCUGACCCCCUCCUUCUCCCUGCCCCGAUCUGCACAUCCCUUCCCCAAACCUUCAGGGAGAAGCUGCGUGGGAGGAGGCAGAGACUCCCCGGCUCAGGGCUGGAGAGAAGUAAAGACACCAGGCAGAGGGACACGCCACCAGAAAGGGACCUGGGGAGACAGAGACAGAGGCAGAGAGACACACAAAGACCUGGGUAGAGGCUGAAGUGGGCCAUGGACUAACACAGAGACAGACAGACAGACAAAGGGAGAGGGAGAGAAAGACAGAGGAGCAGACACCGCAGGGCCCAAGGAGAAGGGCAGCUGAGAGAGGCCAAGGACCGGGGCGGGCAGCGAAGCCAGGGCAGGGUCCAGCGGGCAGCAUGGAGGGGCCUCUGGCCGAGAUGUAGCGGCCUGGGCCAGGCUGGGCGGGAGAGCAGUGGGCACCUGGGUGGGGGGUGGGGGGCAUGGGACAGACAGGCCUUCUGUUGCUGCUGCUGCUGGCUGGGCUGGGGCUGGGGGUGGCCUGGAGACCCCCAAAGGGCAAGUGUCCCCCCCGCUGCUCCUGCUCCAAAGACAGCGCCCUGUGCGAGGGCUCCCCGGACCUGCCAGAGAGCUUCUCCCCGACGCUGCUGUCACUCUCACUCGUGAGGACUGGAGUCACCCAGCUGAAGGCCGGCAGCUUCCUGAGGGUGCCGUCACUGCACCUGCUCCUCUUCACGUCCAGCUCCUUCUCCGUGAUAGAGGACGACGCGUUUGCCGGCCUGUCCCACCUGCAGUACCUCUUCAUCGAGGACAACGAGAUCGGCUCCAUCUCCAAGAACGCGCUCCGAGGACUCCGCUCGCUCACACACCUAAGCCUGGCCAACAACCACCUGGAGGCCCUGCCCAGAUUCCUGUUCCGGGGCCUGGAGACCCUGACUCACGUGGACCUCCGUGGGAACCCGUUCCAGUGCGACUGCCGUGUCCUUUGGCUGCUUCAGUGGAUGCCCACCGUGAACGCCAGCGUGGGGACCGGGGCCUGUGCAGGCCCCGCAGCCCUGGCUCACAUGCAGCUCCGCCACCUCGACCCAAAGACCUUCAAGUGCAGAGCCAUAGAGCUGUCCUGGUUCCAGACGGUGGGGGAGUCUGCGCUGGGCGUGGAGACCUUCUCCUACCAGGGGGAGCCCCACAUCAUCCUGGCUCAGCCCUUCGCCGGCCGCUGCCUGAUCCUCUCCUGGGACUACAGCCUGCAGCGCUUCCGGACCCAGGACGAGCUGUCGGCGCCCUCAGUGGUGUCCUGCAAGCCGCUGGUGCUGGGCCAGCGCCUCUUCGUGCUGGCCGCCCGAUUGUGGGGAGGCUCCCAGUUGUGGGCACGGCCAGGCCCCGACCUGCGCCUGGCCCCCAUGCAGGCACUGGCCCCCCGGCGGCUGCUGAGGCCCAAUGACGCGGAGCUCCUCUGGCUCGAAGGGCAGCCCUGCUUCGUGGUGGCCGAUGCCUCCAAAGCGGGCAGCACCACGCUGCUCUGCCGUGACGGGCCCGGCUUCUACCCACGCCAGAGCCUGCACGCCUGGCACCGGGACACCGACGCUGAGGCCCUGGAGCUGGACGGCCGGCCCCAUCUGCUGCUGGCCUCGGCCUCCCAGCGGCCCGUGCUCUUCCACUGGUCGGGUGGCCGCUUCGAGAGGCGCACCGACAUCCCAGAGGCGGAGGACGUCUAUGCCACACGCCACUUCCAGGCUGGCGGGGAUGUGUUCCUGUGCCUGACGCGCUACAUCGGGGACUCCAUGGUCAUGCGCUGGGACGGUUCCAUGUUCCGCCUUCUGCACCAGCUUCCCUCCAGAGGCGCCCAUGUCUUCCAGCCGCUGCUCAUUGCCAGGGACCAGCUGGCCAUCCUGGGCAGCGACUUUGCCUUCAGCCAGGUGUUUCGCCUUGAUCCCGACAAGUGGCUCCUGGAGCCAGUACAGGAGCUGGGGCCUCCGGCCUUGGUGGCUCCCCGUGCCUUUGCCCACGUCACCUUAGCCGGCAAGCGCUUCCUGUUCGCAGCCUGUUUCAAGGGCCCCACGCAGAUCUACCAGCACCAUGAGCUGGACCUGAGCGCCUAGACUGGACACAGGGGCUGGCAUGGGGAGCAAUGACCAGUCCUGUGAGAUGCUGACUACAGGCCAAGUCCAUCAGCUCCAGGUCCAGGCCUCAGCCCACCUCUUGGAGGAUCUGGACCCACUGGGAGAAAUGGAAGGUCCCCGCCUGUACUGCCCUCCCAGUCAGAAGCAGUAUCUGGCGGGAGAGAUGCCCCGCAACUGGUGACUCGGAGGCUCAGGCUGGGGCCCUGCUUGGAGCUGGGACACCAGAGUCAAGUGAGGAGGCGCUGGGCUCCGUGAGGUCUGGAAGCUCCCCCUUACCGACUCCCACCCACCUGCUCCCUGUGAAAGCUGGGGAAAGAGAAACCCUCUCCCUUCAAAGUCAACCCUGCCACUCGCUUUCACGGAGGCGUGCCCGACUCCGCGACGUCACAGUUGCUGGGUGGUUUUUUCCUGCCAGACCCGCUCAUUCUCUCUGCUGCUGUGCGCAUGUCUGCUGCCAGAGGCGGUGGCCCCGCGGUCCGUCUCUCUUGCGCGUGCGCAGGAGGGCGGGUUGUCCGGGGAGUUGGGAUUGGAGAGGUGCGCGGGAGGCCGCCGGUGCCGCUCCCCGAAGGGCGGCAGGGGAGAGGACGGCAAGCGGGAGUUAAAUAAAUGCGCUGCGCACUG